ACACCGGUAACAUCGUAAUCACGUUUCACGACUCUACAAGAACACAUGCGGACGGAACAUCAUCGCGGGGAGAAGACAUGAAAGAAAUAAUCAUUCUAACGUCACUACUCGCAAACCUGGUGCUGCAAGUGGCGCCAGAACUGGCUGAAGACGGUCGGCUGGACUUCACAGGCCUCGCAAACAAAUACGGGUAUACCUGUGAGGAGCACAACGUCACCACUGAAGACGGAUACAUCCUCAAGCUAUUUCACGUGCCCGGGAGUAGCAGCAGGCCGAUUCUCCUCAUGCACGGCAUCAUCGACUCCGCAGACACUUUCAUCAUCAGAGGAAACAAGUCUUUGGUCGCGGUCUUGGCUAGCCGGGGAUACGACAUCUGGGUUGGCAAUGUUAGAGGAACCCAAUAUUCUAGGGCACAUACCCAGCUAGAUCCAGACAAAAACAAGGAAUUCUGGGACUACAGUUACCACGAAUUAGGUUACUAUGACCUGCCAGCGAUCAUUGACUACAUAUUGAGCAGAACCAAUGCAGACAAAUUGAACGCCAUCGGACACUCUCAAGGAAAUUCGAUUUUCUUCGUGUUGGGAUCAACAAAGCCAGAGUACAAUGAUAAAGUAAACCUACUCAUAGCUCUAGCGCCUGUGGGCUACUUGACCAACCUGCCACCGCCAUGGAGCUUUAUUACUCGAGCCGGAAAUGUAUUGAAUGAAAUUCUAAUAGCGUUGGACACUGACGAACUCUUCAACAAACAGCUGAGGACAGUGGUGCAGGAUAUGUGUAGCGUCGAAACGGAGUUGUGCGCCAGCAUGCUGGGAGAACUAGGGGGGCCUGAUGCGGAGGAAUUAGAGCCUGCAUUCAUACCCGUCUUAAUCGGACAUUACCCAAUAUCCACCUCUAGGAAGAACGGGGAACACUUGGUACAAAAUGCUAUGGACAAGAAAUUCUGUAAAUUUGACUACGGAUCGAAAACAAAUAUGGAAAUAUACGGACAGAAAAGUCCACCAGAUUACGACUUGCGGAAGGUGACGAUGAAGGUGGCUCUGUACGGAAGCAGGAACGAUAGACUAGUGCCGGUUGCAAAUAUGAAAUUACUGGAAAAAGAACUGGCGAAUGUCGUCGAAUUCCGAAUAAUAAAACGAAGACAAUUCAACCACAUGGAUCACGUGUGGGGGCGGAACAUGGACAAGCAUUUGUUUCCGCAUGUGUUGAAGACUUUAGAGAAAUAUAAUUAAUGUUUUAUUAUAUUAUAUUAUUUAUAACUAGUGGUAGUCGAAUGGUCGAAAUAAGACCGUAAAAUUUAAUAUAUAUUUGUAAGACAUAAUACACAUAGUUUUAAUUUUUCUACUCUGCUCCAUAUGACCUUCACUACCUCAAUUAUGCUAAAUCUCACACUCCUCCAUGCGCGCAAUGUGCUUAAAAAUGGGUACAAAUGUUA